CAGGAACCUCUAUAAUCGAGCAAAAUGCACCUCGCUCAGUAUCGUAUCAUGUGACCAUAUAUCAGGCAAAUGGAAGGCGGUGAGUUCCGCAUAGAGCGAGUCCAUUGUUAUGUUGAUUGGACUCUGACCUUGUCUCAUACCGUGGACUCAUUCCAGCAUCAAGUACACAAUAUCACCAUGAACUUCUUUCUAUUGAUGUUCCUGGUUUUCUUCGCACCUCUCCUAUUGUUCGUAGGUGAGUAUUGUACUAUAUACAUGGCUCGUGUCGUGGUUCGUAACCGCAUAGGUUCGCUGACAACUCGCAGGGUGGCUUGUUGCUUCGUCUUGUUUAGGAGGUCGUCUUCGCUCCCGACUACCAGGAUUCUCAUUGAGACCUAGUACCGAUGCCUAUGGGAGGAACUAUCUUCGAACAAUGGCCAAUUCCGGGCCCGCCAUGUCCGAACAGAUCGAACUAGAGAAC